AUGUCCAAGGAGCCCAGAUACAUCCUCCUCUCCCUCCCCAGUUCCAUCGUCCCAUCUCACCACCGCGAUGAUGCCCUCGACGCCAUAAGUAAGACCAUCACCCCUGAUAAUGGCGUGGCGAUUCCCUUUGCGAUUCCAGAGUUCAAGAUCGGGACGUUAGAUGCGCUGGUGCAGCAGGCAGAUGAGCUGGCAAGGUUGGAAACUCUGUGCCAAGGUGUGGUUGGCAAGGUGUCGGAUGCGUUGAAUAGUGUGCUGGAGGGGGAUGAGGAGCAGAUAUCGAAGAUGAAGAUGGCUAAUGAUAAACCCGUGGAGCAGUAUCUACGGACUUUCCAAUGGAAUAAGGUCAAAUUUCGGGCGGAUAGAUCGCUGUCGGAAUUGAUCGAUCUGCUGCAUAAGGAGGCUGCAAGCAUCGACAAUGACGUUCGUGGAAAGUUUUCACAGUACAACCAGGGCAAAACUACGCUGGCUGCACUACAGCGGAAACAAACAGGUACAUUAACCACCAAAUCCCUCGCAUCCAUCGUUGAUCCACGUCUCCUCGUCCGCGACUCCGAAUACCUCGAGACCCAUCUCAUCGCAGUGCCGUCACGAAGCACAAAGGAAUUCUUGCGAACGUACGAAACCAUCUCGCCCAUGGUCGUCCCGCGCUCCUCAACCUUUGUCGCCUCAGAUGACGAAUCCACCCUCUAUGCCGUGACGACGUUUAAAAAACACAGUGCAGAAUUCAUCCAUAAGUGCCGCGAGCACAAGUGGACGCCCAGAGAUUACAAAUAUGUUGAGGGCGGGGAUGAGGAGGAGCGGAGGGAUUUGGAUCAGGCCAGUGCGGAUGCUAAGAGGCUUUGGGGGGAGACUUUGCGGCUUGCGAGGACUGGGUGGAGUGAGGCGGUGAUGGUUUGGAUUCAUGUGCUUGCGUUAAGAGUGUUUGUCGAGACGGUGCUGAGAUAUGGUCUACCGCUGGACUUUGUCUGUGCAUUGAUAAAGACUACAAACAAACAAGCGAAAAAAGUCAAGAGUCUUCUCGACGACUCAUACUCGUAUCUCGCGGGUAACGCUUUCUCGCGCGACAAGAAGGGCCGUGUUCGAAAAGAUGAUCCUAUGGAUAUGCAUCAUGUCAGCGGCACAGGCGAGGGUGGAGCAGCAGAGUUUACUGCCUUUGUAUAUUACGAAAUUGAGUUCGAAUGA